GCUGACCGUUCGGGUUGGACCCACAUAACACAAAUAUCAUACGUGGUACCAUGACAAUGAUACUUCCUUGCAUCACGGGCAGUGACUGCUUCACUGGAAUCAUCAUAUAGCACUCAAGUGCCGUUAACGUCUACUCAGCCAUUGAUACAGAUUCUGAAGAACAGUAGGACCUGGCAAAAAUUCCUUGAAGAGAAUAGGAAAAGCCAUUCAAGUUGCACAGCCAGUUGGCAACACCGUGGCACCCGGCGCGUUACACGGUAUCCACGCCCUGCACACUCUAAGUUGCGGCAUAGUAGGCUGCAGCGCUACCAUUAUUUCGCAUCAUACGAUAUGGCUCGCGACUUUCCAGCAUUGCCAGGUUUUUACCGGACCCUCUUCUUGUACAUUGAACCGGUGUCGACCGUAUCACCUGCCAUCUUGGCAUGGUUCUUUCCAGGCGCCUCCUGGUUCCACCAUGAGCUAAUACCAACUACAACUGCUGCUUCCGGUCCGCUAGAUGCUAGGACUACGAUGGCUAUUUGGCAACUGGGAAACUGCUACCUUCUCCUGGGUUUGAUUUCGUCUCUGGUCUUCAGAGCUAUUCGAGAUGCUCUUCCGAACAAUCCGGAGGCUCAGGAGCGCAUACUUGGAGCAAGUUUCACUGCGCUCGCGCUGGCAGACGUGACACAUAUUGCUGCUUCAUUUAUCGGCCUCCCCGACGAGCUCAAGUACUCCCUUGACAAGUGGAAUCCCAUGACCCAUGGCAACAUCACAUUUGUGGUCUUCCUCUUGAGCGUAAGACUUGCCUGGUUCGCGGGAAUCGGUCGUACUUCCUAUUACUACGGGAAACGGGCCAAGGUGGACUGAGCAUUUAAAUUGCUUCUUACGAUAGUAGGACGCUAGUUCACGUUAGACACAAAUUGUAUGUGUGAGUACUGUGAGAUGUACAAACCCAGUUCUACUGUAAACGUCCCAGAAUGGUGCAGUGCAAAUACAAUAUAAGUAGAUCCCAG